AUGACAGUACAUCCAGUCAACCAAAAGCACGUGGAGAUCCCACUGUGGAGGGACAUCCCGAUCUCUGCAAAGGACUGGCACUAUGUGAUGGUUGAAAGACCACGGAAAGAGAUCACUCUGGGGAGGGAAAAAGCUACCGACUUCGGCACGCCGUCCAACCACUCCGCCUCUGAGGUCGAAGACGAACGGGUAGCGCACUUGGACAAAAUGGACGAUGAGCUAUCCACGUUGGACACUCACAAUGACGGUGAUGGGGCAGCUAAGUAUGGGAAAUGGGAAAGCUACUGGGCCGUGAUAACCACGGGUGCCGGGCUGUUCUCGGACGGGUACGUCAACAACACGAUGUCCACGGUCUCAACGUGUCUUGCGACUCUGUACGGGGACUCGUACACCAAAUCGCGGGCGAUCCAGAACCUGUCGUCUAUUGUGUUUGCUGGGACCGUCGUGGGUCAACUGAGUUUCGGGGUUUUGUCCGACCAAUAUUCCCGUAAGAAAUCCAUGCUUAUCGGUACCGGAGGAUUAAUUCUAUUUACAAUCCUGUGUUCUGGUGCCUGGGGUCAUGGGACGCACAACAAGGGGAAAGCCGGAGGGCUUUUUGCAGCUUUAACUGCGUACCGGUUUUUCCUUGGGAUUGCCAUUGGUUCCGAGUACUCUAGUGGGUCCCCCGCUGCUGCAGAAGCUGCAAACUGCCUCCCCAAGAGGAAGAGGAACCGGUGGUUCAUCUGGUUCACGAACUUGGCGAUCGACUCCGGGUUCAUCGUCGGAGCGUUCGUCCCACUUGUGCUACUGUGGAUCUGCGGUGAAAGACACUUGACCCCCGUGUGGAGAAUCUCUAUUGGUCUUGGUGCGAUCCCCCCCGUUUCUUUGUUCUUUUUGAGACUCAAGUAUCGUGAGACCAGCCAAUUCGAGAAGGGUAAGAAGUUGAACAAAAGUGUACCGCUUUUGCACUUCAUCAAGUUCUACUGGUUCCGUCUCGGGAUCGUGUCCGUAAUCUGGUUCUUGUACGAUUUUUCAGCUUAUGCGUUUGGCACUUACUCGUCCAUCAUCAUUGGUGAGAUCCUACCCAAGGACGCCAAACUGUACAGGAACUUCGGCUGGAAUGUGGUAUUCAAUCUGUUCUAUUUCCCCGGGUCGUUUAUUGGUGCUUAUUUCACGGACUGGUUUGGUCCCAGGAACACAAUGGUCGUCGGGUUAGUCCUGCAGUCUGCGAUCGGGUACGGUCUGGCUGGCGGGCUCCACCAUUUGAGGAAGCACAUUGGUGGGUUCGUGGUUGUAUACGGUAUAUUCAUGACACUUGGUGAGUUUGCCGCUGGGAACAACGUUGGGUUGAUCGCGUCUAAGACUGGGUCCACCCCGAUCCGCGAGUCCGUGUACGGGAUAGCCGCCAUGAUCGGGAAAGUCGGCGCCUUUGUCGGUUCGUACAUUUUCCCCGUGAUCAUCCGUCGGCACGGUUUACCGGCACCAUACUGGGUUUCCUCCAGUCUGUGUCUUUUCUCCGCGUUACUGAGUUAUCUGUUUUUGCCCGAGUUAGACCAGGACUCUAUGAACUUGGAGGACGCAAAAUUCCUGGAGUACUUGGAAAGCGUCGGGUUCGACACUUCCAUGUUGGAUUUGAAGAGAGACGUCCAGGGGACGACGAAAGUGGAGGAGAUCAAGCCAGAGUAG